GUGAAAUGCUUGGCAACACUGACCAGCCAUGCUGUUUUGUUUUGAUUUUUAUCCCAAUCUUUCUUCGAAAACACCAGUGUUUGUAGUGCAAAACUUUUAUUUUGUGUAGAAAAUUUAACACGCGAUAUCUCUAAAUGGCAAAACCCAAAAAGGACAAACAAGUAUCCAGCAAUGUGCCGAAAAAAACACCAGCCACCUCGGAUGCUGCACCAUCGAAAAUUUGGACCGAUGUCCGGUUCGCUCACUUGGUUAACGAUCCACGCUUCAAAGGAAUUCCCAAGUCGGAGAAAAAGGUGAAGAUCGACAAGCGGUUCCAGUCGAUGUUUAAGGAUGAAAAAUUCAACGUGAAGCACACGGUCGACAAGUACGGUCGGAAGGUGAAGCAAACCGAAAGCGAUGAACUCCGAAAGUACUACGAAAUGGGAUCCGAGUCCUCGGAGGGCGAAGAACAGGAAGGUCAUGAUGAUCCGAAGGCGGUUGAUUCCGAUUCGGACGGGCUGGAACUGGACGAUGAGGAGAAGGCAAUAGCUAUGUCGGAUAAGGUGAAAUCUAGAUUGGAGGAUCUGGAGGUUGAUUAUGCCAGAGGAGAAGGAGCAAUUGCAUCGGAUAGUUCCUCGGAUGAUGAUUCUGGUGAAGAGGACGACGGAGAGGAGGUAUUCAUCGAGCACGUGUGGGGUGAGCUGGACGCCGAUGCGGAAAGGACUGACGAAUCGACCCGCAGGUUGGCGCUGUGCAACAUCGAUUGGGAUCGCGUGAGGGCGGUGGACAUCAUGGUCAUGCUGAGUUCUUUUCUUCCACGGGGAUCGACCAUUUUGAGCAUUACUAUAUAUCCAUCCGAGUUCGGCAAGGAGCGAUUGCACGAAGAAGAAGCACAAGGUCCCCAAGAACUGACGGCGCAGCGGUCGGAUGAAUCGGACGAAGAAGACCUCGAUGAAGAGGCGGUAAAGGAGAAACAACUGGAACGCCUCCGAGAGUACCAACUGAAUCGUCUAAAGUACUACUACGCCGUUGUGGAGUGCGAUAGCGUCGAAACGGCAGACAAAUUGUACAAGGAAUGCGAUGGGGUUGAGUACGAAAGCACCGCCAACAAGUUGGAUCUACGAUUCAUUCCGGACGACAUGGAAUUCGAUGACGAACCGAAAGAGAAGUGCACCGAACUGCCGGAGGUGGGAAAAUACGAACCACGCGUAUUCACCACAUCGGCACUGAAUCAGUCCAAGGUGGAGUUGACCUGGGACGAAAACGACGUUGAGCGGAAAGAGUUCAACGAGAAGAUUCGAGCGGGAAAACUUGCCGAUGUGAAGGAUACCGAUCUGAAGAAGUAUGUCGCUUGCAGCAGUAGCGAGGAUGAUGAGUCCGAAGGAAGCGAAGAAGAAAAAUCAGGAAGCGACUCUGAAGAGGACGACGAACACCAGCACAAUGGCGACAAUAAAAAGUCCAGGAAGCAAGACAUGAUUGCCAAAUACAAAGCACUGUUGGGAGAUAUCAAAGAGCAGGAGAUGAAGGAGAAGGAUGAGAAGGUUGGAAUGGAGUUUAGUUGGAAGGUGAAUGGUGAGGGAAGCGAAGAAGAGAAGGGGGACUCCGAUGAGGAAGAAACUAAAAGAGAGAAUGUCAAUCCAUUCGAGAAAAUUUUGGAAAAGGCCAAGGAGAAGAAAAAGCGUCGGAAAGAGUUGAAAAAGAAGAAGAAGCGCGGCGAGUUGAACAGUGAAGAUGAGGACGAAUCGGAAGAUGAUACUCCGUACGGAGUCGAUUUGAAUGAUCCUUUCUUUGCUAGUGCGUUUGAUGAGAAGGAAUUUGAUUUGAAGAAACCCAGCAAAAAGAGUAAAACGAAAAUAACCGCAGAACAGGAAGAGGACGAUGAAGCCGAAUCAGCUCGGAAACGCGCAGAAUUGGAACUGAUGCUGGACGAUGCAGAGGACGACAGAAGCCACUUCAACCUGAAGACGAUUCAGGACAACGAAAUUGAUUUGAAGUCUGUGUCGAAAUCCAAACGAAAGCGUAUUCUGAAGAAAAGUAAGAAGCAAAUUGAGGAACAGCGUCAGCAGAGUGCGGCCGUCGAUGACUUCGAAGUGAACGUGGACGACGAUCGGUUCAAGGCCGUGUACGAGAAACCGGAGUUUAACAUCGAUCCAACGUAUCCGUCGUUCAAGAAGACCAAGGGCAUGGAGAAACUGAUACAGGAGAAGCUGAAGAAAAGACCUUUGAAGCAUAAUGAUCUUCCGGUGGAAAAGGGGGAGAAUGAGGAUAACGUUAUGGAGAGUGAAGCAAAGAAAAUUAAAAAAGAUGUCUCCACCAGUUUGCUGGUGAAAAGUAUCAAACGUAAGAUUGGAAAAUAAAUGUAAGUACAUUUGAACAAUAA